AGGAAGAUACCUAUAGCAAACAAACUACCAAAACGGUGGUUUUAUGAAAUUAUCCGCCCACACCGCACUUUUGGAUAUCUCCGCCCUCUGUCUAACUCGCAAAUCAACAAACUAUUCCAAAAUCUCUCUCCCCCUCACUCGCGCGCGCGCACAGAUCUCUCUGUGUUUCCCAAAUGCAAUCAACGAUUUCGCUCUCUUCCUCUUACGCUGCUUCCAUUUGGGAGUCACGCCACUCUUUUCCCAUCCCCACUCGCACUUCUGCGCCUUUGAAUCUCCGCUUCUGCGGUCUUAGGCGCCAGGCAUUCACUUCCACUUCCCUCAACUACUACCGUCGCUCACACUCCACCGCAGUAUCCGCUGCGCUUUCCGACAACGGCACCCCUUCCAACUCCUUUGAUUACGAGUUGCUCAUCAUCGGCGCCGGCGUCGGUGGUCACGGCGCCGCGCUUCAUGCCGUCGAGAAGGGCUUGAAAACGGCCAUUGUCGAGGGAGACGUGGUUGGAGGAACGUGUGUGAACAGAGGUUGUGUUCCUUCUAAAGCUCUUUUGGCUGUUAGUGGUCGUAUGCGAGAGUUGCGGGAUGAUCAUCACUUGAAGUCGCUCGGCUUACAGGUUUCUGCUGCUGGGUAUGACAGACAAGCAGUGGCUGAUCAUGCUAAUAAUCUUGCUUCGAAAAUCCGUGGCAACUUGACCAAUUCAUUGAAAGCACUUGGAGUGGACAUCCUCACUGGUUUUGGAGCCAUUUUGGGUCCUCAAAAGGUGAAAGUUGGCUCUUCCAACAAUGUGGUAACUGCAAAAGACAUCAUCAUUGCUACUGGUUCUGUUCCCUUUGUUCCCAAGGGCAUUGAAGUUGACGGGAAGACUGUGAUUACCAGUGACCAUGCUCUCAAACUGGAGACUGUUCCUGAUUGGAUAGCAAUUGUAGGAAGUGGCUAUAUUGGGCUUGAAUUCAGUGAUGUAUAUACGGCACUUGGAAGUGAGGUUACUUUUAUUGAAGCUUUAGAUCAGCUCAUGCCUGGAUUUGAUCCUGAAAUUAGCAAGUUGGCUCAGAGAGUUCUCAUUAACCCCCGGAAUAUUGACUAUCAUACUGGGGUUUUUGCAUCUAAGGUCACUCCUGCAAGAGAUGGAAAACCUGUCACAAUUGAGCUCAUUGAUGCGAAGACCAAGGAACAAAAGGAAACUUUAGAGGUGGAUGCUGCACUAAUAGCAACUGGAAGGGCUCCAUUCACCCAAGGUCUUGGAUUGGAGAAUAUUAAUGUUGUAACACAGCGUGGUUUUGUUCCUGUGGAUGAAUGCAUGCGAGUAAUUGAUGCCAAUGGAAACUUGGUCCCUCAUUUGUAUUGUAUUGGUGAUGCAAAUGGCAAGAUGAUGCUUGCUCAUGCUGCCAGCGCACAAGGAAUCUCAGUGGUUGAACAAGUCACUGGAAGAGAUCAUGUGCUUAAUCAUUUAAGCAUACCAGCUGCUUGUUUCACUCAUCCUGAAAUCAGCAUGGUUGGAUUGACUGAGCCUCAAGCAAGGGAGAAAGGUGAAAAGGAGGGCUUUGAAGUAAGUGUUGCCAAAACAAGUUUUAAAGCAAACACGAAGGCUUUAGCAGAAAACGAAGGGGAGGGUCUUGCCAAGUUGAUAUACAGACCUGACAAUGGAGAGAUUCUAGGGGUUCAUAUUUUUGGGUUGCAUGCUGCUGAUCUUAUCCACGAGGCAUCCAAUGCAAUAGCAUUAGGAACACGUAUUCAAGAUAUAAAAUUUGCGGUUCAUGCUCAUCCGACUUUGUCUGAGGUGCUUGAUGAGCUAUUCAAAUCAGCAAAGGUUAAGGCACAAGCUUCUGGCCCAGUAAAGGAACCGGUUGCAGUUUAAUCUUCCCAAUGUUUUUUAACGAACGUUGCCUUUACUAGAAAGUUUCAAAAUAUCUCACAUCUUCUGGCGGAAUGCUUCGGCACAUUUAGAAUCCUGUAAGAGGGAACCGUUUGAAGGAGUCUUGGCAAUGACCUGAGAAUGGAUGGUGAUGAUAUAUUAUUUUCUUGGGACACUGUUAUUGUCCACCAAAAUACUUAUAAUCUCUAUUUUUGCACUUUAGAAACACGUUUCCUCUAAAUUUAUGGUGUAGAUGCUUCAUGUUUUAGGAGGCCUUUCAGAGUGGCCUGUUUUUCUGAGUAUUCCAGUUUUGAACCCGUACAUGAAAUAAAAUUUUCUUGUAAGGUUCUCGAGAAAUAACCGUGUUGACAAUAAUGCAAUCCACUACGCGUUGCUUGAUGAUUUCUUUGUUCUGUCUCCAUGCUGUUAUUGGCAAACUGGCAUCGGUCUUUCCAAUCAAAUUAUUGCCAUGGCAAUAUGAACCUCAGAGCAUCCAUGAGUUCCUGAUAUAAUCAAGGUCACGCUGUCACGCACUAUCCACCUUGGUU